AUGGUGUUAGUGACUUUUUUUGAGCAAAUUUCGUUGGUGGUUAAUGUUGUUUGUGCCUCGUGUAAAAGAAAAGACUUACUACGAGAACAACCAAGAGAAAGGGUGAAAAAAGGCUUGUGUAGUGGUGAUCUUGAAACAGGAAGAGGGUUAAAUCAAGAGACUACACUUGUUCGAGCGGGAGAAACAAGAUGGGGUUCACAUUUCAACACACUCACAAGUUUGAUGAAGUUGUUUGCAGAUGUUCUUGUAGUUUUAGAUUUUGUGAAAGAGGAGGGAGGGUCAUUGGCAAACCGUCAACAAGCAUCUAGAAUCUUAGCGUAUUUUAAAUCAUAUGAGUUCGUGUUUUACUUACAUAUGAUGUAUGACAUUUUACACCUCACGGGUACAUUGUCAAAGCAACUUCAAAGAAAAGAUCUAGACAUUUUGGAAGCGGCUUUGAUGGUUAGAGGGACAAUGGAGGCAUUGCAGUCUUUUAGAAACAUAGUGUUUGCUAGCAUUUUGCCAAAAGCAUCCUCUUUUUGUCAAACACACGAAAUUGAAACUUUAGAUAUGGAAGAGUUGUAUAUUGGUGCGAGAAACCGUAGGACUACAAAGACUAAUAGGUUUCAUUUUGAGGUUGAAAUCUUCAACACAGUGGUAGAUAUGCAACUUACAGAAUAUCGGGAUCGAUUUAGUGAAACAAACACCCAAUUACUAGAAUACAUGGGUGCUUUGAGCCCUUGUGAUUCAUUUGCACAAUUUGACAAAUCAAAGUUAUUGAAGUUGGGUAAGUUAUACAAGUAUGACUUUGAUGAUUCAGAUAUGAUAGACCUCGAAGGGCAACUUGAGAUAUUUUAUCACUCUUGCAUCAAAGAUGAGCGUUUCACUAGUUUGAAAGGAAUUUCCGACCUUUCUCGUUUGAUGGUUAGUACAAGGAAGCGUCGGUCUUAUCCUUUGGUUUAUAAGCUUUUAAAGUUGGCUUUAAUAUUACCCGUAGCGACCGCAAGUGUAGAAAGAUGUUUUUCAAAGUUGAAGCUCUUGAAGACAGAAUUGCGUAACAAAAUUGGCGAUGAAUUUUUGAACGACGCAUUGCUUUGUAAUGUCGAGACGGAAGCACUUACGAAAGUUGAGGAUGAAAAAGUAAUGGAGCGGUUUCAAAAGAUGUAUGCACGAAGAGGACAAAUUUAA